AUGGCUGAUUUUAUCACCAUGAUUACUGAACAAUAUCCAGAAUCCAGCAUGAUCUUCAACAACUUAUCAUCAUCAUCAUCAUCCUUGGUAAUUGGUAAUAAUAAUAUGUCACUGCCAGCUAGAUCAUCAGGCAGAUCAGUAGAAUAUGUGCAGGACUCGCGCUGGCCGUUGGUGGUGUUCUUGUGCGGGGCAAUGCUGUGCCUCCUCUGGAGCAGCAGCUGCCACCUGCUCUCGUGCCACUCCAAGCGCCUCAACACCCAGCUGCUCCACAUGGACUACGUCGGCAUAACCGUCAUGAUAAUCACCUCCUUCUUCCCCCCAAUCUACUACGUCUUCGAGUGCCAGCCCAAGUGGCAGCUCCUCUACCUCGGCUCCAUCACCGCCAUGGGCGCUUGCACGAUCAUAGCCCUCCUCUCCCCGGCCCUCUCUUCAGGAAAACACCGCACUCUCCGAGCCCUCCUCUUCGUCUCCAUGGGGCUCUUCGGAGUGGUCCCCGCUGCCCAUGCGCUGGUCAUCAACUGGGACCACCCGCACCGCAACAUUACCUUAGCCUACGAGGGGGCCAUGGCCUUCUCCUACCUGCUCGGGACGGCUUUCUAUGUCACCCGUUACCCUGAGAGGUGGAGCCCCGGCUGGUUCGACCUGGCCGGACACAGCCACCAGAUCUUUCACGUCUUCGUGGUCUUGGGGGCGCUCGCGCACUAUGGAGCCGCGCGCAUUUUCCUCAUCUACCGCCCCGGGGUUGCGUGUGCCGCACAACCCAUUCUUUGA